ACGCAGUAUAUCUUAAAAUAUGUAUAUUCGAUGUUUUUGUAGUAUAUUUUUUUAUGCAGGAAAGAGUCUAAAGGAAUUUUCACGUAGGUGAUCACACGCAUGCAUUCGUGAUCUACGCACUAAUAGUCUAAUGAGAUAGAAAAGAAUUUAGUAAUAUCAAAGUAAUAUACCAUUAAAUAAAGAGAUUUCGACACGUGAUACUUACGUUUAGGAAGACAGCUCAUAAAGAAUCGCUAUUCAGCUGAUGUCGAGUGAAACACAUUAUUGUAUUUACAAGCGAUUUUUUAUAAUAUUAGGUGAAAAUAUCAUACAUAUAUGAUAUAACUUCAAAUGAAGAUCCAGCUAGAAGAUUUGGAACUUAGUUAAAGUUUAACUUUUUGCAUGAAGAUAUAUAUAUUUAUAUACAGAACAUUUUAUAUUUUGACCUAUUGUGUUGUAUGACAAUACUCUUCAAUACAACAAAUAUGCAAUCAAAAGCUGACGAUAGAAAAACAAUGGACAACAAUUUUUCAAAUACUAUGAUGGAUUAUGAGAAAUAUUAUAAAAGAAGUGUUAACGGCUAUUAUACUCUACAUUUUUCAAACAAGAAGAAACUCAGUGUUAAUGAAAUAAAGGAAAUAUUUUCAGCUUAUGGAAGAGUUGUAGCUGUAAAUAUUACUGAGAAAGAGGAUGGAUUUAGAUUUGUAAACUAUGAAACAUUAGACGAAACAAUAUGCUGUAUAAGAGGUUUAGCAAACAACAAUAUCGUACAGUUAUUACCAGAAAAGAGUAAAGUGAAUGAUCUAAAUAACAGAUUGGAUAAAAAAAAUUCAUGUAAAUGGCAGACAGCAAGAACUGAAAACUCAUUUCAGAGAACAUCUGGUACUGAUAAACAAUUAAAUCUGAACUCUGCUCAGAAUGGAAAAUUCUCAGAAAUUGAAAGUUUAACUCAUAAUAUAAAAACUUCUAAUGGGCAUAGUCGAUUUGACAAUGUUGAUAAUUUUUCAGAUACUGGUUCUAAAAGUUCAACACAUAGCUUUAAAUCUAAUGUAAAUGCGAUUAAAUAUGAUAAAUCAGAUGCACUGGAAUCCAAUUCGCUUUCUUCAAGAAAACAAAAUUUUGUCAAUAAUUCAAAUAAAAUAGAUUAUGAAAAAUAUUAUAAAAUAGUAAAAGAUGGAAAUUAUGUUAUACAUUUUGCAAACAAAAAGGAACUCGGUUUAGAAGAGAUCAGAAAAUUAUUUUCAUCUUAUGGAAAUGUUAUAUCUGUAAAUGCCAGUGGAAAUAAGAUUAAUGGACUUGUAUUUGUAAAGUAUGAAACAUUGCAGGAAACAAUAACAUGUUUGGAAGGCUUACAAAAUAACCAUGUGAUAUGUAUAUUACCACAAAAAGAUAAAAUCGGCGAUACAAUGAAAAAAACAGAUCAAAGAAAUUCAUAUCAUUGGCAACCUACCGAAACGCAAGAUUCAUUUCAAGAGACUAGCAAACAACUUAAUUCAAAUUCCAAUUAUGAUAAAACAUUCUCAGAAGUUCAGGAAAAGUUAAUACAUAAUACAACUUUUGAUCAGGAUAGAUUUGACAAUACUAACAACAAUACUAACGAUAUUGAUUCUCGAAGUUCAAACUAUGGCUAUAAAUCUGUAACUGCAAUUACAGAUUCAGAUUCUCUGAUAUCUAAUGAGCAACGUUCACUAUCAAGACAAAAAAGUUCCAUUAACUGUGAAGUAUCUGAUUAUGAUCAAGAACAGCAACAGAAGAAUAAAUUUCAUUCUUUUACAAAGCAAGAUACCAAUACUUAUAUGAAUAAGGAUAUAUCUGAUAAAAUACCAGCAUUAAUCUCUGACACAGAUAUAAAGCAAAAGGAAUUUGAUGCAAUGUCCAAUAGCUCUUCACAAUCUGGAAAUAAGAAUGCCUUAUCUAAUGUCAUGAUUAUACCAAUGCAGGAAAUAAUUGUUGCUAAUAUUCAUGCAAAUUAUGACGUGCAUUAUAUUUUACAUUUGUUUAAGAAAUAUAACCCAAUUUCGGCUACGCUUGUAGAGACAAUUUUAGAAACUAAUAUACGAUAUUGUCGUGUUUAUUUUAAAACAAUACAAGAUGCAGUAACUAUUGAAGAAGAAUUUGAUAAUUUUGAUUUAUUUGGAAAAAAUCUUAUUGUUCUUCGAAUUUCGCAGUUGAUAGAGGAAGCUACAAAUAGUUGUAAAUAGUAUUCUUCUUUAAUUAUCACAUCACGUUAAACAUAUAACAUCAUAUUAAAUUUGUUAUCUGAUAAGGUUUUUUUCAUUAAAAAAUAUUAAUUAUGUUUUUCUAUACAUUUGUUAAUUUUUUAGUUUAUAGAAACAUACUUUUUUCAUUUUUAUUGUCUAAUGAAAAAGGCAUGAAGGGGAUAUGUUUGUUUAUAAAGAAACAACUGUAAUAAAAACAUAUAAAAAGCAAUAAUAAAAUUUGAUUUCUAUUUAUACG